AUGGUGGGCUCGACAACGCCGUCAGUGGCGAUAGCAAUCGCAUGCCUGGUCAUCGUCGCUCUUCUCACAAUCCCAACAGUCAUCCGGCUUGUCCAGAAUCUUCGAAGACGGAAGGAACGAUAUCAGGAACUCAACGACCGCUACGAAGACAAGGAUGGAGUAGCGACCACUGAAUCAGAAGCUGCCUUCUCGGACAUUGUUCAGCGAUUGAUCUUGCUCCUGGCAUCUACGGUAGCAACAAUUGAUGCACUUGCAUUUGCGGUCGUCAUUGCCACAAAGCCACAAUUGUCUCUUGCCGUCGAACAAUGGCUGCAGUUCGGCACGUGGAUCUUCGUUCUGGUGCAGUCGAUAGUCGUUUUCACGACGCUAAAGUCAGCCGAUAAGUAUACCCUCGGCGUCUACACAUCGAUAUCGGCGCUAGCCAUCAUCAUCGCCGUCGCUGUGGAGAAUCUGUCGCUGUGGCAGCAGAAUAUCCUUCACAUACCACGAAAUAUUCACCUCACUUUCUCUCUGAUCCAGUUCUUUGCCGGCCUACUGAUCUUUGUCACUGGUUUACUGAUACCGAGAAGACCUGAUGUGUACCGGGAUGGUCAGAUUGUCGAUCGACAGUAUACUACGUCUAUGCUGGGCAGGCUCUCAUUUUCUUGGCCAUCGAACAUCCUCUUGUACGCGGUAAGAAAUCGAGCCCUCGACUACAAGGAUUUGCCAGAGAUCGCGAACAAUGCUCGAGCAGCGACAUUGACGAAGCGAUUUGCGGGUGUUCAACGUGACAAGCUGUGGAAGUCUAUUUUCCUUGCGCACAGAUACUCCUUCAUUCAACAAUGGGUACUGCAGGCAAUAUGUUCGGUCACGAACUUCCUGCCACAAAUUGCGCUCUACUUCAUUCUUCGAGUCCUUGAGCGCCGCGAUCAAGGUCUAGACGUUGGUUUCCAGGCAUGGCUUCUCGUCGCCGGUCUCGGUCUUGCAGUCACGAUCUCCUCCUGGGUCGAAGCUUAUAUGUUCUUCGUUGCUUUUAUGAGGGUAGGCGUACCUGUCUACGAACAACUGUCUGCCGUCAUCUUCGCCAAGUCAAUUCGCCGGAAGGACGUCAAGGGCACAACCAAAAUCCCCGACGCCGAUCAAAAGCUCGCGAACGGUGACAUCACGAUCAAUGAGAAUGCUGGUCCGAAAGGCGAAGACAUGCUACCCGAGAGUCCUCCUGACGGUGAUGAGGAAGACACUGCAAAGACCCGCCAGAGCACCAUCAACCUUGUCGGAGUGGAUGGGAAGAGAAUCUCGGACUUCAGCAUGUUUUGCUACAUAUUCCUUGGAGCUGCCAUUAAGCUGAUCAUCGCUGUCAGUUUCCUAGUGAACCUGAUCGGAUGGAUUCCCAUGUUGAGCGGCUUUGUGGCCCCAGCUUUGAUCCUCCCACUCAACAUCUGGGCCUCGAAGAAGUAUGCGAGCGCUCAGGACGAUCUGAUGAAGUAUCGAGAUCAGAAGAUGGCGGUCGUAACAGAGGCUCUGCAGGGCAUUCGACAAAUCAAGUUCAGUGCACUCGAGCGCGAAUGGUAUGAUAAAGUUCUACAGACUCGAAGGAGAGAGCUCAAGACGCAAUGGGCUUGCUUCUGCUGGGACGCAACUCUCAUCAGUAUCUGGAUCUUCGGACCAGUGUUCUUGUCCGCUAUCUCGUUAACAGUCUAUGCGGUCAUCCAUAAAGAGCUGACUGCUUCGGUUGCGUUCACGACUAUCAGCGUUUUCGAGGCGAUUGAGAUGACUCUAGCGAUCAUACCAGAGAUGAUCACCGAUUUGUUGGACUGUCUUGUCAGCGCGCGACGUAUUCAGACGUACCUGGACAGCCCGGAAGUCACGGAACAGACGCAGCCAGGUUCCCGAAUCAAAUUUACCGGCGCCACAAUCUCAUGGCCAUCAGACGAUGUCACAAAAGAAGAGGCUAUGUUCCACUUGCGAUCGCUAGAUCUCGACUUUCCCAAAGAUGAGCUCAGUGUGAUCUCGGGCAGAACGGGCUCCGGAAAGACUUUGCUGCUGGCCUCGAUCAUUGGCGAAGCAGAGGUAAGCGAAGGUACUGUGACCGUGCCUCGGCCACCUCCUGCCGAAGAGCGCUACGACUCGAAAGCUACUCGUGUACCUGGCUCAUUCCGGAAUCCAUUGCCUUCGUCGCCCAAAUUCCGUGGAUCGAGAAUGCAACUAUUCGAGACAACAUUCUAUUCGGGCUUCCUCUUGAUAACGAGCGAUACCAACAGGUGCUUUACAGCUGUGCGCUAG